UUCUGACAGUGAAUUCGAAACUAGCGGCGCACGCGGUCGUAUUUUGUUUCUUUUAGGGUUCCAUAGUUAAUUGUUGUAGUGUCCUUUCAGUUUAAUCACAGACUGUGACUAUUUUAUACCAUUGUGAUAAUGACCCCCGAAAUGGGUUGUAAAACGAAAGUGGCUGUGUGGUUUUUGUUAAUAGGUGUAACAUCAGCAGAAGUAACCCUCAAUGGUGUGUGGAAGGAGAACUUCGGGUGGGAGGUGCGGUGUUCAUGGGAGACCUGGUUGAAUGACACGCUGCAGUCAGUAAGGAUGUUCAGAAACGACAAGCAGUUCGUUGUCUACAGGCCUGAGACAAGCGGAGCUCAACUCAGGGAAGAUAUACCGUCCGAAGAUUUCCGAAUGACCAUUUUCUGCCGACUGUCCUCCCCACAAGGACAGAGGGGCAGUUGUAUCGCCAAGAUAGAAGUCUAUCGUAAUACCUCAGAAGACAUUUACAAAUGUGAAGUCUCCGGCGAAAGACCGCAUUUUCGGCUGGAAUACAAGGAGUACAAUGCUUUUGUACCACCAACUUACACCAGUGUGAAGCAGAUUGAAACUGACGCAGCCAAGAAAGUGCUGAACUGCACCUCAUCAGGGUUACCUGCUCCGAAGCUGAUCUGGACGGUGAAUGGUCAAAAGAUACCAGAAGACUUCACCUACACGGCGUGGAACAAGACGUCCAAGUUAUGGCACUCCUGGUCCUCUUACAACCCUCAGUCGGAUUACAUGAAGGUGACCUGCACUCCGGUGGUGACCAGCAAGAACGGUCAGGUCGAGCGAGGGUGGCCAGUCGAGUACGUCGUCCUUCCGAAUGGCACUGCUUUGAACAGUGCUGCCAAAAUAAUUGUCAUCAUUUCGUUGAUGACGUCACUAUGGAGAUGACUGCCCGACUGCUCUGAGUAAAACAUAAUUGUGCAAUUAAAAAGGACUCUUAUACUUAAUAUCAUAAUUAAAUAUUGUUAAACAAGCAGUAUUGUAACUAAAUACAACAUAGUGACGCAUUGGUACAAGUCGGAGCCUAUAUUGUCCACUUGUUCAGACAAGUAGGUAGGAAAUUCAUUAAAAAUCUGCAUCACAAUAACACAUCUUCAACUAAUGUAUAAAAACAUAGUAAGUAUUGCAGGAUGUUAGUACCAUCGUAACGAAUACUGAGGGGGAUGAUUCAGACCACGAUUCUGAGUUAAUAUCAAGUAGAAUAUCCUCUCGGAAAAUUCAUGUUUUUUUUUUCUUUAAUUAUUUUCAGUUCCAUACUUGUGCAACGGAUAAUUCCAUCAGUCAAAGUUUUUAUUACGAUGUCAUUAACACACUGUAUAGUAUUGUAAGUAAAUGAAUCAUAAAAAAUGUUGACAGUAAGUUAUAACAGAAAGACAAACAAACAAAAUAAAUGGCUCUUGCUAUUUUUUGUAAAGAUGCAAAAGCAAAAAAAAAUAUGCAAAAAGCAAAAGUUAAAAUAAAAUUAUUUUUAUUUGAAAUAAAUAAUAAUGUUGAUUGGUA